AUGAAAAGUACCAGUCGUCUUUUGGGCGCUUUUCUACCCCAACAUCUCAUAUCAGCUGCUCGACUCCAGAUCGCCACCAGCAAUCCUCAUAUCUAUGCCGAACACUAUCUCCAGGUUACCGUAGCGUAUGCACGUCUGGUAGGUUUUGAGGCCGUUUUGUCUCAAUGCUCAUCAUUAGAUGCUGCAAGAGUCUUGAAGGAAGUCGAAAAACGUGUCGAUAGAUUGUGCAAUUUAAAUGGUUGCACGAAAGUGGCAUCCGAAGGGAUUACGGUGGUUUCGUCGAUUCCAAUGCACGAUGAUUGUCAUGCUUUAAACGUGGUUCGGUUCGCGCUACAACUUCAAGCAUUGGUGAAUUCCUUUCGUGACGCUACCACAGCCGAUGUAGCUGUUUGUGUAGGCAUCGACAGUGGUUCGAUAUCCGCUGGCAUUGUUGGUUCGACAAAAUGGCACUAUGACAUAAUCGGAGUUACCGUCGAUAAUGCGAUUCUUUUGCAGAGCAACGCACCAGCCCAUGGAGUGUUUCUGACUGAAGAAACUCGUCAUCUCGUCGAGACUCAUUUCACUCUCGAGCGUAUCGGUGACAUCUGGCGUGUUCAUAGCAACUCCACUGGACCCGAACUAUUUCCGGUUAACAAAAGGUAUUAA